CGAGUUAUUUUCCGCUGCUGCGCCGCACCGUCUUCCGACAACGUGACUUCGGUGUGGAAAUCACAUGGGCGAGCAUGCAGUUCGGGGUCCCUCCUCGUACUAGUGAUAUGCAAAGCGCGGGCAGGACUUGGCGUGCGCAGGGGGUAGAGAGGUCGUCAUAUUUUUCAGCGAUUGAUGGCUUUGUCUUUAGCAUGGUGUCACAUGAUGUUGACGGUCGUCCUGCACAUACACCGUCUAACCGCGGGUACGGUAGCGAUGUCUCCACAUUUCCACCACGAAGGCGAGGUCGUCCUGUAACACCCCCUGCGAGGCCCUCUGCGACAGUGGACGAUGAUUUUGUCGUCGUGGACAACGACAAUGAUGACAUGUCCGUCGAUGGUGCUAGAGAGAUGGACAUGAGCACUGCAGAUGGCGCUGCCAUGCAGUAUGUCGCAAGCGGGAGGUCCACUGAGGAUGCCGGUAAGCCUUCACAAGCCACUCCGACGGAUAGCACAAAAAAGAACAAGCCUUGGGUGUUUGAGGAGAAAGUGGAUCUGGCCCGGCAGAGGCAAGUGACGCUAGUGGGCCGAUCUGCAAAGGCUCCUUUCGGGGAAUGGGUGGCGUUAGAGAAGACAAAGGAGCGUCCGAGAGUGCAAUCAACGUCGUCGUCAGCAGCACAUAUCACUGGCAGUCGACCAAAGUGGAUGCAGCCUCCAUCGCCGUUGUCGGGAGGUGGCAGCAAGGAGAGCCGCACGCCUGACUGUGGGCCGGCGGACGAAGAUUUCGUGUCCGGUGGUCGUGAGCGGGAUGGGAGGCAGGUGUGGGCAGAACAUCGGCAGCAGGUGCGUCGAGAACGCGAGGAGUCGAUAACGUGUGGGGUGGAACGACUGUGCGUGCGGGAGGUGAACACAGAGAAGGAGCCAUCGGUGCUGGACGCCGACAAUUACAAGGACAUCGUCGAGGACAAGGAACGGCAGGACGACGAGAUUGGCAACGUUUGGGCGAUGCGGAAGAAAUCCAUGGGUGCGAGGGGCAGGAACAACAAGGCUCCAACGUCGUCCUCGCGUCGGGAAAAACGAGCGCAGCCUGCGGGGAGCAAGGGGGAAGGCGACAUGGAGGCCGAGGGCGGGCGAAACUUUUGGUCAGUCGACCACAUGGUGGCCCUCAUCAGGGCGAAGCGGGACCAGGAUGCGCAUUUGCAAGGGAUGGGGCACGCCGUUCGGGUGGUGUGGAGCUGCCGUCCGGGGGUUCAGGCGGCUGAGUCUGUUGGUGAUGGGGACGCUGCUGGCGACGGUAACGAGGAAGAUGAGAGCUCGACGAAAGGUUCGUCACCAACGACGGGUACCGGUGGGGCUUUUGGCAAGCGGAAGAACAUGAGGCAGCAGACUUUUGAAGCUCUCACGGAGUGCAUGGAGAAGCACGAGACAGUCAUGGCGACAGCGAUGGAUAGCGCUAGGAAGAGGCAGUGCUCCAUUCAAGUUCGACAGUGCGACGCCAUGAAAGCGGAGGUUGAGGUCCAGAGAAAGCACUACGCGGAGUUGGACGACGUCAGCAAGCUGAUGUGCCAUGCACUUUUGGAGAUAGCGAAGGCUAUACGGGAGAGGCAGAAACUCACGAAGGGGGGACAAGUCUUUGUGCAGUUCACGCCGUCAUCGUUGUGCUCUAUUAGUGUCGUCAACUUCACCAUGUCGUCGCGUGGUGGAAACCGUGGCAAAAAGAGGGAUAGUUACGAAGGGGAGACGAAAGUGCCAGUCAAGAAAGGACGACAUGCCGCGAAGAAGAUGAAGGCUGUCGCAACGGGCCCUUCAAUAGGAGGCCAUGUCAGGGAGGACUCAGAGGAUUGGGUGAGGGAUUCUAAUGUUGGCUGUGCGGACAACGACUUUGUGUCUUACAACGACGUCAAUGAUGUCAGACAAGCACAAGGUGGCCUCGCCGACGGCGCGCACGGGGGGGGGGGCGGUGCGAGGAUACGUGUAACAGCGCCGCCUGAGGGCCAACAAUCUGGAUGGGUCCAAUCAUCCCCAGACACGCCACGCGGCCAAACAGUUCCGGAUGGGGAAGGCGCUGCCAAUGCGGCGCUGCAAGGGACCGUCCACGAAACAGAUCAACCACACGUGGCGGAUGCGCAAGGUGGUGCGGCGGUGGGCUCUUCCAGAGCAGCGGUGGUGGGUGCAGCGCCCGCGGAGAGCCGUGAGGAUUGCGACGAUGACGAGCCUCUAGCGAACAGGCAGAGGCCCGGGAAUGCGCGAGACACGAUCGAAGCCACGACGAAGCUGUGGGUGGAUGACAUGAGGUUCUGGAAUGAGACGGAGGGCCACAGACUUUUCAAGCUCAUCCAGGAGGCACGCUUGUAUUUGCUGGCCAUCGCCGGGGGAGUAACCCCUCCCGAAAUCAGUCGGAGUAUAGCCCUCCCGCACUCCACCAUCCCGCAACACAAAAUCGACGACGAGUCAUUGCUGAAGGCGCCGAAAGAGAGGGCGAUCAAAGUGCAGAGCAUCGCCUUACGCGUCAUCCAUGGUUGGAUCUUCAAGUCUGGGAGUUGCGCGCGGGGCUACCACGCGGCGUACGGGUACAUGCUCAACCACGCUGCGACGGACAUCGCCCGCGUCAUGUGGUUUGGAGAGGAGUGGCACAGUUGUGUCAACCCCGCUGUGUGCCACAUCACAUUGGAGUUGGACAUAAUGCUUCCCAUUUGGUUCGUCGACGCGCACAUCGAGGAGAGGCACGAGGACGGCGAGAUGGCGUGCUACCAAGAGGCUACCGUGCUGCGGCUGGUGGGCGCCUUCACGAGCGCCAUCACUCUAGCGGAGGGGAUCGACGGAGGCCUCAUAUUGCACGACAGACUGAGGAACGUCGCCGACGCCUACUGGGUUCUACUCGCCACCGCGAUGUGGCUCAUGAGGAUGAGUGGUGAUAAUCUGCGUUCCCAUUUCGAUGCCUCCCUCUUUGUUCAGCUCACCACGAAGCCGACAAGCGACGUUCAUGCAUUGGUCAUUCGAUGCGCAUUGCCAUAUCCUCCAGGCAGCCGCAGUUGUCACAGAGAGGAUGGGCAAGCCGACCUUGACGUUGGUGGAACCGCAUGUAUACAUCCCGGACUAGGUAUCGUGUGGCAUCACUUUCGGAUAUGACACCACUCUUCCAUCACCGGUGGACGCCAAAAGGAUGGACUGGUUGGGGACUAGCCCCCCAGAGGAG